CCAGAAUCUAGCACUCUACAAAUGCUGGCUGGUCUGGUUUUCUGGGAUUACAGGGUGGGAUCCAGAGACUGCAGAGGGUCUAUUUUCUGGCCCAGGGAAGAGGGGCAGGUGACCCACUAGGAGCCGUUCCUGGCAUCCUUUGUCCCUGUCUAUUUACCAGCUAUGUGACCCCAAGCAGGUCUUGCACUCUGGUUCUCAAUUAACAUCUGUGUUAAUUGUGGUAAGAGUAACUGCCACACCUCACAGCCUGGUGAUUGGCAAACAAGACAAACAUUUUUCAGGCUGGGAGAGGCCUCAGAGAUUGGCUGUCAUUUUGCAAACGAGGGAACAGAGACUCAGAAAAGUAACUGGCUUGUUCAGGGUCACAGAGCAUCUCUCUCCCUGCAGGCACGGAGCAGGUAAUUGGGCUGAGCCUCAGGAGUGACCCUUCUCUCUCUUUCUCCAGCCCCUGCCUCAUGCCUGGCCUGUUGAGCUGGCCUGUUCUCCAGGCCCCUAGGACUGGGUGGGCUAAGAUCAGUGGUCUAGAAAUCCCUCCUCAGCUGGGCUGGACGGAAUGAGGAGGGGGUGUUGAUGGAGUGCGGGAGAUUGUCCUCACAGGCAGUGUGGUCCGUUUCUCUAGACCUCCUGCCCCCAUCUCCUUCGUGUCCCUGUUUGAGCCGUGUUCUUCUUUUUUGAUCCCCUCUGCCUGCCUUCUCUUUCCACCCCUAGAUUUCCCACCUUCUUCAGUGAUCUCUCUGCCUUCGUUUCUGCCUCCCCUGCGUUCUCUCCUUGCGCUUGUUUCUCUGUUCUGCCUUUUCUCUCCAGCCUCAGCAUUCGGGUUGUCCUCACAGUGGCACCUAGAUUCUGGGGGUGGCUGGGUUGGGUUGCCUGGAGCCUGGGGAUGUUCAGGAGAACCUUCAUUGGGAGCCCAUGGGAGCAGGAGUCAGCCCCUCCUGCUGGCAGCUCCAGCGUUUUAGAAUGAAAAUGCCUCUCCCAGGAGUUGAGUUUGGCGAAGAGACAGUGCCUGCCCAAAGUAUGCAAUACUUUUAUCUUUAGCUCAGCUCCUGAGUCCUCAUGCACCUCUUUGGACAUCUUUCUGCAAAGGAUGGUAGGAUCUCAUCUUUCUGGGGCCUGAGGCUCUCCAAAGAUGGGCUGACUGAGCUUGCCUAGCCUGUGACCUGAACCGCCCACCCUCUCCUGUCUUGAGCUCUUUCCCCAGCAGAACCUGCUUGAAUGAGGGGAGUUGGCCAACACAGAGAGAUUUCUACCCUCUGACCCCAUUGAGGUGGCCCGAGGCAGCCGGGAUGACAGCUCUCCCCAGGAACCCUGCUGCCUGCUGAGAAACAUGAUCAGCAAGUCCCGCUGGAAGCUCCUGGCCAUGUUGGCUGUGGUCCUGGCUGUCAUGUUGUGGUAUUGCAUCUCCUGGGAAGACAGGUACAUCGAGCUUUUUUAUUUUCCCAUCCCAGAGAAGAAGGAGCCGUGCCUCCAGGGUGAGGCAGAGAGGAAGGCCUCUAAGCUCUUUGGCAACUACUCCCGGGAUCAGCCCAUCUUCCUGCAGCUUAAGGAUUAUUUCUGGGUCAAGACACCAUCUGCCUACGAGCUGCCCUAUGGGACCAAGGGGAGUGAGGACCUGCUCCUCCGGGUGCUAGCCAUCACCAGCUACUCCAUCCCUGAGAGCAUCCAGAGCCUCAGGUGCCGCCGCUGCGUGGUCGUGGGGAACGGGCACCGGCUGCGGAACAGCUCGCUGGGAGAUGCCAUCAACAAGUACGAUGUGGUCAUCAGAUUGAACAAUGCCCCAGUGGCUGGCUAUGAGGGUGACGUGGGCUCCAAGACCACCAUGCGUCUCUUCUACCCUGAAUCUGCCCACUUCGACCCCAAAGCACAAAACAACCCGGACACACUCCUCGUCCUGGUAGCUUUCAAAGCAAUGGACUUCCACUGGAUUGAGACCAUCCUCAGUGAUAAGAAGCGGGUGCGAAAGGGUUUCUGGAAACAGCCUCCCCUCAUCUGGAAUGUCAACCCUGAACAGAUUCGGAUUCUCAACCCCUUCUUCAUGGAGAUUGCAGCUGACAAACUGCUGAACCUGCCAAUGCAACAGCUACGCAAGAUUAAGCAGAAGCCCACCACAGGCCUGUUGGCCAUCACGCUGGCCCUCCACCUCUGUGACUUGGUGCACAUUGCUGGCUUCGGCUACCCAGAUGCCUACAACAAGAAGCAGACCAUUCACUACUAUGAGCAGAUCACGCUCAAGUCCAUGGCGGGGUCAGGCCAUAACGUCUCCCAAGAGGCGCUGGCCAUUAAGCGGAUGCUGGAGAUGGGAGCCAUCAAGAACCUCACGUCCUUCUGACCUGGGCGAGAGCUGUAGCCUGUCGGUUGCCUACUCUGCUGUCUGGGUGACCCCCAUCUGUGGCUGUGGGGAUGCCUGGUGCCAGUAUGACCCACUUGGACUCACCCCCUCUUGGGGAGGGAGUCCCGGGCCUGGCCAGGUCUGAGAUGAGGCCAUGCCCCUGGCUGUUCUUACGGAGCCGAGAUCCAGUCAGGGUGGGGGCUCUGGGGCCACGGGAGCCCCACCAGGGCAGGGGGCUUGUUGCUGUGGAACCCCCUCUCUGCCAGCACCAAGCGAUUAUUUAAUGGGCUAUUUAAUUAAGGGGUAGGAAGGUGCCGUGGGCUGGUCCCAUGCAUCCAGGAAAGAGGCCAGUAAAGUAUUCUGCCCACUUUUUGUAAAAACCUUCAGUUGAUGGCCCCAUCAAGGCCUAGACCCAGCACCUGCCUCCCAGGAGGGCAGGGGCAUCGGGAAUGGGUGGGUGCCCUCCAGAGAGGGGCUGCUACCUCCCAGCAGGCAUGGGAAGAGCAGUGGUGUGGGGGUUCCCCCGAGAAUGGAACCUCAUCUAGAAAAGAGGUUACAAACCUACCAUUAAACUAUUUUUCCUAAAACGGAA